AUGUCACUUUCAAUCGAACAAUAUGCCGUUCCCCAAGGCUCAACGGUGCUCAUUACAGGGGUUAAUGGCUUUAUUGCAUCCAACAUCGCAGACCAAUUUCUAAAGUUCGGCUAUAAGGUACGAGGGACUACCCGUAGCCUUGAAAAGAAUGCUUGGGUUUCUACGCUAUUCAACCAAAAGUAUGGUUCAGGUAAUUUCGAGUUGGUAGCUGUGGCGGAUAUGGGGGCCUCAGGUGCUUUUAUCGAAGCUGUCAAGGGUGUCUCGGUAGUUGUCCAUUCAGCAACGAUAUUUUCCCUGGACCCAAAUCCUCACAACGUGAUCCCUGGAACCAUCGCAGGAACUAUCAAUGCGCUGGAGGCAGCCGCUCAGGAGCCAAGCGUAAAGCGCUUCGUCCUCACGUCUUCUUCCAAUGCCGUCCUGAUCCCCGAGCCUAACAACCAUGUAAAGGUGACCGCCGAUACAUGGAACGACGAAGCUGUGGAGGCGGCAUAUGCCGACCCACCCUAUGAGCCGGAGCGCGCGUUGCCUGUUUAUGCUGCCAGUAAGACUUUGUCGGAAAGAGAAGCUUGGAAAUUCAUGGAUGAGAAAAAGCCCGGUUUUACUCUGAACGCCGUUCUGCCCAAUAUCAAUUUCGGCGCAAGCCUCGAUGUCGCCAACCAAGGUCACCCCUCCACCUCCGCAUUCGUUUCCGAGCUCUUCAAGGGAAAUCACAACUUUCUGGGCGGCAUUACACCACAGUACUUUAUUGAUGUGCAAGAUACCGCCUUGCUCCAUGUUGCCGCCGCCAUUCACCCCGAUGUCCACUCUGAGCGUGUUUUUGCCUUCGCCGAGCCGGUGAAUGCGGACGGUGUUCUGGCCAUUCUUCGUAAGCUCUAUCCGAGCCGCAGCUUUCCCGCCGACUUUCGGGCUGAGAAGGAUUUGAGCGAGAUUGUGCCACGCCAACGAGCCGAGGCUCUAUUGCGGGCCAUGGGCCAGGACGGAUGGACGAGUUUGGAGGAAAGCAUCAAGAGGAAUACAGAAGAUCUUUUGUAG